AUGGCCGAGCCCGACGACGAGCUGCACAACCCGCGCAAUGCAGACGCCCACUCCAACGCCAUCAACCUGCGUGGCCUGCUGAACGUGCUCACAUUGGCCCUCAUCGGCGGCGGGCUGCUGACGCUGUUCAUGGGCUACCCCAUCAUCUCGCACUUCACGGCCAAGGUCGAGUCGACCAAGGGCGCGUUCAACCUCGGAGGGACAAACGGCACGGGACAGGUCGCGACGUUCCCGGGACAGCGGCGGCUCGUCGAUCCCGACACGCCGCCGGCGGCGCAGAAGUGGACGGGCGCGCUGGGCGACUACCAUGUCGUCUUCAGCGAUGAGUUCGAGACGGAGGGGCGCACCUUCUGGCCCGGCGACGAUCCGUUCUGGGAGGCAGUCGACAUCUGGUACGGCGCGACUGGCGACUACGAGUGGUACAGCCCAGAAGCCGUCAACACGACCGGCGGCGCGCUCACCAUCACGCUGCUCGAGAUGGAGACGCACGCGCUCAACUUCCGGUCAGGCAUGCUGCAGUCGUGGAACAAGGUGAGCGCGUCGGGCGGCGGCUACAUCGAGUUUGCCAUCAUGAUGCCCGGCACCCAGCGCACGAGCGGCUACUGGCCGGCGGCAUGGACGAUGGGCAACCUGGGCCGGCCAGGCUACCUCGGCUCGACGGCAGGCAUGUGGCCGUACAGCUAUCCCGCAGCCUGCGACACGGGCAUCCUGCCCAACCAGACCUGGACGAACGGCACGGGCCCUGAUCGUGCGAUCCACUCGACUGGCGAGUACCAGAACCCCAAGGGUCAGCUGUCGACGCUGCCGGGCAUGCGCACGCCGGCAUGCACCUGCCCGGGCGAGGAUCACCCGGGCCCGAACCACAACGUGGGCCGGAGUAGUCCCGAGAUCGACGUCCUCGAGGCGCAGGUGCAGACGCACGCCGGCGAGACGCACGUAUGGGCCUCGCAGUCGCUGCAGACGGCACCGUUCGACGACGACUACUUCUGGGGCAACACCUCGGACGUCGUCGACCUCAAUGCUGCACGCGGCGACCAGACCCGCAUCAACGACUACGUCGGCGGCCCGCUGCAGGAGAGUGUCAGCGCGCUGAGCCAGUGCCCCGACACGGGCUUCACGGGCACGCAGCAGAAGUACAUCCGGUACGGCAUGGAGUACUCGCCGGACUGGGACGCCAACGGCAAGGGCGAGGUCACCUGGUAUGUCGACGGCGAGCGCACCUGGACCGUCAAGGGCGCAGCCAUCGGCCCGGUGCCGAAGCUCGACAUCAGCCAGCGCACCGUGCCGACGGAGCCGAUGAGCAUCAUCAUGAACCUCGGCGUGUCGCCGCAGUUCCAGACGGUCGACCUCACCUCGGGCACCCCGCGACAGCUCGUCUUCCCAGCGCAGAUGAAGGUCGACUACGUGCGGCUGUAUCAGCUGGACGGCCAGCCGGAGCGCCUGUCGUGCGAUCCCGACGAUCACCCGACGGCCAAGUACAUCGAGGACCACAAGGUGCUCUACAUGAACCCCAACGUGACCACAUACGAGGCCGGCGGCUUCAAGACGGUCAAGAACCGCCUGAAGGACGGCUGCUAG